AUGUUUAUGUCAUUUUUAACAUCUAAAAAGUUAUAUAAUAAUAGAGAUAAAUAUUUGAUAUUCAAUGAUGCUAAAGCACAAUUGAUUUACAACAGAAGUAAUCAUUUAACACUUAGAUCAUACACCAAACAAUUUCAACAAAUAUCGGAUAUUCAAUCUUGUAAUCUAUUGAUUUGUGAUCAUCAAACCUCUCUUAAGACAGAACAAACAAAGUUAUAUGAUUAUACAAUAGAUAAUAGUAGUAUAAGCGAACUCUUUAUCGCCACUGACACCAGUCAAGAUAUAAUAUCAGUUUCACUUCCAAACACUCUUGAAAAGAUAACUACCUUUAAUCGUCUCAAUGACUAUGUGUUGCCUAAUAGUGUUAGAACUAUGACAUUCAAUUGUGGAAAUCAGCAAUUUAUUUCAGGAUUGUUCCCUCAGUCAUUGGAAUCACUCAAACUAGCUAUGCAUCUUUAUCCAUUGGUUGAAAACUCUCUACCAAAUCUGAAAUCCCUCCAUUUAAGUUUCUAUUCCGAUUCAAUUGUUAAUAUUGGAAACCUACCUACAUCACUUCAAACUCUGGUAAUCGAGUAUGGUUAUGUUGAUCGAAUUGAGAACAUAUCUGCUAUCUCCCAAUUUCAAAGACUGACAACAAUAGAAGGAUGCAGUUUCGAGUGGGUCGCUUCACUUCCACCAUCUGUUACCAGCCUCAAAUUUUCCGCUUGCUUUCAAGAUACUAAUAAUAUUGAACCUGGUGUCAUUCCAUCGACAAUCACCAAUCUCUACUUUAAAGACAUUGGAAAAGUAAAACUACAAUCCGGGAGUAUACCAUCGAGUGUUAGAAAACUAACUAUUCUUGGCUAUCAGUACGAUCUGGAGGCUGGGGUCAUCCCGAUUGGUGUGAAGGAAUUCUAUAUCCUUUUGACUUCUGUUAUUUUCACAGUUGAAUGUAUACCAAGCACUGUGGAAUCACUCAAAGUUACCAUAUUUUCAAAUUACCCUGUAGAUCUUCAUUCACUACCAUCGAUCAAGAAACUUUCUUUGGGAAAAAGAAAUACCAAGAUAAGCAAAUUUCCACCGAAUUUGGAAUCACUUAAGUUUAGAUUCUGUGAAGAUCCUGAAUUAUUAUAUUCAUCAUUACCAUCGACCUUAAAGGAACUAACACUCAUUUACACUAAACUCAUCAUCGAUUCAUGGAAUGUCAGUGCACACCACCAACCGAAAAGAUUGAUAAUGAAAGUAGAUAGCUUUUAUUUCAACGAAAACAGGUUGGAAGAUCUUCCAAUCUCUGUUGAGAUCAUCCAAAUAGAUAGGAAUGUAGAACUUCGAAGAUUUAAUAGUUCAGGUCUAUUCAUUGGUCACAAUCGAGAGUAUCCUGUGAAUGGUGGAUUCAUAGAAUCAACUGAACAAUUGAGAGAUUUACUUUGCAAUGGCGUAUUGGAAAGAAAUAUAAAUAAUGAUAAAAUAACAAGCUUCAUUUAA